GGGAGUUAUUAUUUUAGGUGUCGCGUUUCCGCCCAAAAAGGAUUUUGAAGCUCAAAGUGUGGAAUUCUCUGCUUAAACCUCCAUUUUUCUCUAAUACACCUAUGGCCGACGAGGAUCCACCAUCGGAGGUCUCAGUGACGGUGGACAAACCCAAACUUGACGAAACUCUCAACGUCAGUGAGGUCACCACUGAGUCCAUUGCUCAAGGAGGCCUCGACUCGUCUUGCAAUUCUCCGAAUGAAAAGAAGCCCAUUACUGAACCCACUGCUCAGACCUCUGAUGGAAGCGGGGAGAAAUCGUUAGAGCUGGCGGAAGAGUUGCUUGAGAAGGGAUCCAAGGCCAUGAAGGAUAAUGAUUUCAAUGAGGCUGUCGAUUGCUUCAGCCGUGCCCUUGAGAUUCGAGCUGCGCAUUAUGGUGAACUGGCUUCAGAAUGUGUCAAAUUGUACUACAAAUAUGGAUGUGCUUUAUUGUACAAAGCCCAGGAGGAGGCAGACCCACUGGGAGCUGUCCCAAAGAAGGAAGGUCAAUCUGACAAGGCUGAAUCUGCAAAGAGUGCUGUUAAUGGUGAAUCAUCAAAAGCUUCUGUUUCCAGCAAUGCUGAAGUGGUGGAUGGGGUUACAGAUGAUGUUUCCGAGACAGUCAGUAAGAAGGAUCAGGAUGAAGAAGAAACUGAUGAUAGUGAUGCUGAGGACUUGGCAGAUGCAGAUGAAGAUGAAUCUGACCUUGAUUUAGCUUGGAAAAUGCUAGAUGUUGCCAGAGCAAUCGUGGAAAAAGACUCAGCUGACACUAUGGAGAAAGUGGACAUACUCUCAGCCUUGGCAGAAGUUGCAUUAGAAAGAGAGGACAUUGGAACUUCCCUCAGUGACUACCAGAAAGCGUUAUCAAUUUUAGAAAGACUUGUUGAACCUGACAAUCGACAGCUUGCUGAACUAAAUUUCCGUGUAUGCUUGUGUUUGGAGUUUGGUUCUCAGCCGCAGGAAGCCAUUUCAUAUUGCCAGAAGGCAAUAUCAAUUUGCAAGUCACGUGUGGUGCGGCUCACUGACGAAGUAAAGAGUCUCAUUGUACCAACGACAGCUUCGUCUACAUCAGGGUCAGAACCAGAGAUCCCACUAUCCUCCAAUGGCUCCCAGACUGACAACGAAAAUGCUGCAACGGAGAAACAAUCUGAGAUUGAAACUCUAUCUGGGCUUUUGGUUGAGCUAGAAAAGAAGCUUGAAGAUCUUCAACAGCUGGCCUCAAACCCAAUGUCAAUUCUCUCAGAGAUCCUCGGUAUUGGAUCAGCAAAGCCAAAUAUCGAAAAGAUCACACCUCCAGUUCCAUCAGUGUUCAACUCCUCACAAAUGGGUUCAGCUAACAGCAAUGGAGGAUUCGACUCUCCAACAGUCUCAACUGCCCACACGAACGGCGUGACGCACCUUGGUGUUGUUGGAAGAGGAGUGAAACGAGUAUCAACAAAUUCAGAGUCUAAUGACUCGAACCCAACGAAGAAACUGGCAAAAGAUUUAUCAUCACAAGAUAAAGGCGACAGUAGUUCCGCCUGAAUGUUCUUGAACUCGUCUUGAGAAUCAGAUAUUCGAACAAAGUGCAUAGAGCAGUAAAACAAAACUAGAUUAGAAAGAGGAAAAAGAAAAUCUUCCUGCCUUUGGGUGUUAUGAUUUUCAUGUAUGUUUGUAUUAUGUUCUACUAGAAUUUUACACUUGAAUCAUCAUCAUGUUUUUCCAGACUCCUUAAAUCAUAGAUUUAGUAAUCAUUCCAGCAUUAAUACAUCUGGGUUUUACGGUUUGCAUUCUCAA